AUGAAGGUAAGAAAAACUUUCGUUUUAAUUAUAGGUGGAGGGCCAACAGGUAUAACAAGUGGAUUGUAUUUACAGAAAUAUAAUAUACCACAUAUAUUGAUAGAAAAAGAUAAAUGUAUAGAAAAAAUUCCAAAGGCUCAUUAUUAUAAUAAUCAAACUAUGGAAGCAUGGAGAAGCAUUUAUCAUUUAGAUAAAUGUUUUAUGAAUGAAACCGAGAAUUUAGAUUUCUGGAAGUGUUUUCAAUAUUCUUUAAGUCUUCAUAAAGAGAAAAUUAUAAGUAUAUAUAAUAAUUUUAUGAAUAAAUAUACAUAUAAAAAUACAUAUUAUGAAGAUAUUAGUCCAUCUAAAGUUACUCAUUUGUCUCAGUAUAAAUUAUUAGGUAUUUUAUAUAAUUAUUAUUUCUUUAAAAAUAAAAAAUCUAAUAAAAAACGUGAAUUUUUAAAAAAUAUAAAAUUAAAAUUUUCAACAUAUAAAAUAUUAAGAUUGAUAAAUGAACAUAGUCUCAUAAAAAAUGAUGUAGAUGAUAAAAAUAUAUAUAAUAUUGAUGAUAAGAAAAAAAAAAAAUUGAUAAAUGAUAAUUCUUCAAAAUAUGGUUCCUAUGAUAUAUCCGAAAUGUUAAUAGGAUAUGAAUUUAUAGAUUUUAUAAAAAAUGUAAAUGAUUUAAAAAAGAUUGAUAAUAAUUCUUCACUUUCAGAAGAGAAAAAAAUCAUGUUAGAAAAAGGGUGUGUCCAUAAUAUUUCUGAUGAUAAUAAUAAAUAUAAUGAAUAUAUGAAUUUAAAUAUUGAACCUGGUGAUAUUCCAAAAGAUAUGGAAGAUAAUAAUAAAUGUGAUGAUAAUAUUUAUAAUAGUACAAAUUAUUGUUAUGAAGAUAUCUGCAAUUAUGUAAUAACUAAAAUUAGAAAUGUAGAAACCAAUUUAGAAGAGAUGAUAUUAAGUGAUUAUGUAUUUGUUUGUGAAGGUGGGAAAAGUAAUAUAAAGAAUGUUUUAAAUAUUAAUGAUGAGAAUAUAAAAAAUUAUAUGAAAUUUAUAAAUAUACAUUUCAGUUCUAAAUAUUUAAGUACAUUAAUGAUAUAUAAUCCAUCAAUGUUAUAUUUCUUAUUUAAUGAAUAUAUAGGUAUAUUAGUAUGUCAUGAUUAUAAUAAAGGAAAUGUAGUAUUACAUAUUCCUUAUAUAACCGAAAGAGAAAUGUUACUUUAUAGUAACCGUAAUAAAAUAAUACAAAUUAUUAAUAAAUUAAUAGGUUUUAAUUUAUAUGAUAUACAUAUACAUAAUAUAUAUAAAUGGACUAUGCAUAGUUCUAUUGCAUCUACAUUUAUAGAUAAUUAUACAAAGCGUAUAUUUCUAUUAGGAGAUUCAGCACAUAAAUUACCACCAUCAGGAGGAUUUGGAUUAAAUCUGGGUAUAGGAGAUGUAGUAAAUAUUUCUUGGAAAAUUAUAAGAAUUUUUAAUUUACAGCAAAAGAAAAUAAAUCACUUUUUUUCUACAAAAGGGAUUAAUAAUUAUCAGUCUACUGAUCUAAAGGAUGACUUAUAUAAUGAUAGUACAUUAUCUAAUUCUAUUGUUAAUUUAAUUAAUAAUGAAAUAAAAAAAAAAAAAUUUAUAAUGAAUAUUUUAAUUACUGAGAAGGAACAAAAUAUGAUAUAUAAUUAUAUACAAUCUUAUAAUAUAGAGAGGAAGUUGGUGGCAAAUUUUACUAUUACUCAAGCUGAAAAUAAUUAUGAGAAAGGAAAAAAUAUACCAUAUAUUUUAGGGUACAACCAGAAUAAUAUAUUAAUAGAUAGGUUAUCAAAGAUAUAUAACAAUAAACAUACAAAAUGUAACAAUAAUAAUAAUAAAACAAAUUGUAAUAGUUAUAAUAAUAACUACAUCAAUUAUAGUAAUGAUAUGUCCAGGGGAUAUAACAAAGUUUACUUUAAGAUUUUACAAAGUUCUUUACUUUUUCAUACUCUUCUUCAAAGUUCCAAGAAAAUUAUCAACAUGUUUAAUCAUAUUCCAUUUAUUUUUUCUUAUAAAAAAAAAAAAAUAAAAAAUUUAGUAAACACAAGGGAAAAUAUUUUAGCCUUAUUAUAUCCAGGCGUCGAUUUCUGUUAUUCUUAUAUUAAUACAUUAAAUGACAUAGAAGAAAAUAAAAAUGAUGACAAAAUUAUUAAUAACAAUUCUUUUAAUUGUAAUCAUAUAAAAAAUCAAAAUAUGUUACAUAUAAAUAAUUAUAAUAAUAAGGAAGAAAAAAUACAAAAACAAAAAGAUCAUAAUGACAUAAAUAUUGUAAGAAAAUAUUAUGAUAAUAUAGAAUAUAUGAAUAAUGUAUAUGACCAAAAUAAUUUAAAACAUAAAUAUGAAAAUCAUAUACAUAUAAAUAAAUUACCAAAUGAUAAAUUGAAUUCACAAAAUAUCAAUAACACAAAAAAUAAUUUGUUAAAAAAUAUGAGCACUUCUAGUUGUUAUAAUAUUGAAAAUAGUUAUGAUAAAGAACAAAACAAAUUAUAUGAUACAAACAAAAAAUUAUAUAAGAACAAAAUUUUUUCUAGUAAUAAUAAUAUGGAAUAUAUUCCUAAAUUAAAAGUAUGUAAAAAUAUAUAUGAAUAUGAAAUACCUAAUAUAAUUGGAUCUAAAAUACCUCAUUUUAAUCUCUAUACAUUAGAUAAAAAUUAUGUAUAUAAAUUAUCAUCAGUUGAUUUACCUAUAUUAAAUAAUCCUUCAUUAUCUAUUCUCAUCCUUCUUUUUGAUGAAUUACUUUUAUAUGAAACAAUUAAUUUUUUGUUACUUCAUAAUAUACCAAAUGACAUGUUUUCUUUGUGUCUAUGGGACUCAGAUGUUUUCCUAUAUAAAGAUAAGACAAGUGGAAACAUACAAUUAAUAAAAGAAGAAACUUAUAAUAACAUGGAUAAUCAAACUAUAUCUAUGGAUCACGUUCCAAUAAACCACUACGUUUUGUUUAACAAUGCGAAUGAUGAACACGAACCCACUGGAGACAUUUCACAUGUGAAGCAUAUAAGUGAGAUUACAAAUGGAGUUACAGAAAUAAAAGAAAAUAAUAAUAAUAAUAAUACUGAUAUUAAUAAUCAUAGGGGUAAAAGAUCUAUCAAUUAUGUAUUUACAUCAAGUAUUAUAAAAAAUAUGUUUCUAAACAUUGUAGGGGUUAAUUCAAAUAAUGCGUAUGUUAUUUUAAGACCCGAUAAGCAUAUUAUAUCAGCUAAUGUUAAUAAUUUAUUUGAUGAAAUUAAAAAAAUAAAUAAUAUAUAUAUAUGA